CUCUUUUCGUUUUUCCCUUCUUCAGGACUUCAUGUGAGACAGCUUGAGGCUGGCAUUUGGAUUCAGGGGGAAUAGGGGUGAGAGGAUGGAAUGCACUUGUCCAACCAAGGACUUCCGCUGACCGUGGAUGAAACGAGAUAAAAAAAAAUGGCAAGAGGAGAUGGAAGCGAGUUUCAAAACAAAUUUCCACGGGCCGCUGAACGUUGCGCGCGCGUUUCUGCCGUUUAUGAGAGCAAAGGCGACGGGGACGCUGGUGUAUGUUAGUUCGCAGGCGACGUGGCAUGUCGAUGUUGGUGCCGGGGCGUAUAGUGCGAGCAAAUUUGCGCUGGAAGGCGCCAUCGAGACACUCUCCAAAGAACUAUCCAUCCUCGCCCCCACUCCAAGAGUCCUCAUCAUGGAGCCGGGCUACUUUCGCACAAAAGUCUUUACCAACGUCGCCAGCGUCCCCGCGCGACUGCCCGAGUUUGCGGAGUUCAAUGCGGCGAUCAGGGCGGGCGCCGAGGCGCUUCCGGGGACGGAGCCGGGGGACCCGGAGAAGGCUGUUGCGAGGAUUGUGGAGCUGGUAAAGGGCGACGGGAUGGUGGGCGAUAAGGGGCAAGUGCCGUUGAGGGUUGUGUUGUGGAGCGAUGGGUGGGAGAGGAUCCGGAAUAAGUGUUUGGGUGUGUUGGAGGGGUUGAAGGGUUGGGAGGAUGUUGCGAGGAGUGCGGAUUUGUGAAGGCGUCACGGGGCAGGUUUUCUAACAAAAAAUAGAUUUGGAGGUCGUAAAGGAAAAAAAGUGUGGGGAGGCAGAGACCAAAAAUUGGGCCUGCAGACUUCAAAGUUUCUUUCUAUUUAAAUGAAGGGUUUACUCCCCGAUGCCGUAGCUCUUUACUCUACUGAAGAAGAAGGGCUUGUCAUUCUUCAACGCAAACUCGCCCAGGUCGUCCGUGAGCUUGUUGUAGCUGUAGAAGCCCUUCCACACGAGCUUGGUGUUGCGCGCGCCGCCCUUGCCGGCGUUGCGCAUCUCUAGGUACAUCCUGUACGUGUACUUGGCCCCGACACCCUCCGUCUCGACGGCCAGGUCGCCCUCGACCUCGCCGAGCGGCAUGUCCGUGGUGU